AUGGUCAAUGGCGAGCAGUACCCAUCCAAAGUGCUCUCGCACCUCGACUCCUACCCCCUCAUCCACGACACCGUCACCUACGCCAAAUCCUCCCCCUACGGCAGCAAAUCCCUCUCCCUCCUGGCCUCCACUUACCAACGCCUCGUCUCCCCGCUCACCCCGUACCUCGCAACCCCCUACUCCUACGUAGCACCCUACCUCUACCGCGCCGACGACCUCGGCGACGCCUCCCUCACCAAUCUCGAUUCGCGCUUCCCCAUUGUCAAGGAGGACACGGAGAAGCUGAAGGAGCACGUGCAGGAGAUUGCUCUUGCGCCGAUUGCCUUGAUCGAUCAUGGUAAGCGGUACGUCGUCGGGACGUGGCGGGAUGAGUAUUCGAAGACCGGGGGACAGGAGGGCGUCGUCAAGAGCGUCAAGGCGUUGAUCAGUACCGAGUUGAAGAUGGGUUUGGAUGGUUAUCGGUUCUUGAGCGAGAGGUGGGAGCGGAAGAAGGAGGCGAGUCGGAAGUCGACCCAGUCUGCUGGACAGAGUGAGAAGCAUUAG